AUGGCCUAUGAAUUGCAGGUGAAGCAUAGAAUAGAGGUAACAAAGACAGAUGAAAGCCUGAUGCUGACAUCUGCACUUGGGUUUUGUAAAGACCUAAUAGAAAAACACAUUCCAACUGGAAUUUUGGAGAAUGGAAGAAUUGUUUCAAAGAAUCUCCGCAAGCUGUUUGACUUGGGUUAUUUUACUUCUGCAUUGAAUUUCGCCAAUCUGAAGAAUGGUUUAUAUAAUGUUAAAGUGUUCAUUAAGUGCCUUGACAUGCUGGAAAGAAAAAAUCUCAGUUUUGCUGACAUCCAAAAGGCGAGAAUGGCCUUCUCUGCAUAUGAACAUCUUGAUCAGAGGGGAAUAAAAGAAGAGACGGACAUAGUUCUGAAAGCUAUGAAGAUGUGUGGUUUUGCCAUAUCGCCACAGAAGUUAUUAAUGCACCUGAAGAACAGAAGCAGUUAUGUGGAGAAAGGAAGAAUUCAGUUCUACGAGUUCCUGGAUUUGCUCACACUUUGCGAAUCAAGGAAGAAUUUUAUUAUAAUAGAUGAAAGAGUGGGAAGUACUGACAAAACCAGCAGAGGCAUGUAUCAGCUUAACGACAUGAGGAGUUUCAUGAUGACCCCUGAUGAGAAGUUGGAACGUCACCUCAAUUGCAGGUUUCAGCAUGUAGACAGUUGGCAACUUCCUCAGCAGACAAGCAGGACAAAAGAAUCUGACCAUAGCAAAUACCAACAGAUUACAACCUUUAAUGGAAAAAGAUCAAAGCCUCUGCAUCAGAAGAAGACAUCCUUGACGGAACAAGUCGAAGAAGCCUGGACGCUUGUAACUCCUGUACCCCAUCUAAGAUGUCAUUGCUAUACCCCCCCAAAAAUAAAACCAAUACUGUCCGGGGGAGAUCUUCAAGAUACACAGAAUGAGAUAGAAGAUUUAUUAUACCAGAAGGAGACUUUGGGUGAGAAAUCAAAGUGGGAACUGAACUGGAAGCUGGAUUACUAUCUGCCUGGAUACAGAGAACAAGCAGCAUUCAGACACAAACCUGCUGCGACGCAAGCUCCGCAAUCUAUCACAAAGAAAAGCUGUAAAGUUGAUGUGUUUGAGAGGCUGUCAGCUCCAAGGAGAAGGACUCCAUCACCCUGUCAUGCCAUAACCUGUGAUGCUUACAAGUUGGGAAUUUCAAACAAAGGGCAAAGAAAGAAAUUGGGACAUAGGACGUAA